AUGCAUUCACAUUCGAAUCUAUUGAACUCCCUCACGUUCUUGCUCGCGACCUUAGGGGCUCAGCCCGGAAGUGCCUAUGUCGCGCAAACCCCUCUGACGGGCGACACCUGCACGCAAACGACCGUGGCCAUCCUGGGAGGUGGGAUGGCCGGGGUGGCUGCAGCGCAAGCCUUGACCAAUGCAUCCGUCACCGACUUUGUUCUGGUGGAAUCGCGCGAGACUCUGGGAGGUCGGGUGUGGCAUACGGACUUUGGGAAGGAUAAGGACGGGAACCCGUACGUGGUGGAGUUCGGGGCCAACUGGCUACAAGGAUUGGGUUCGGCUGAUACUGUAAAUCCUGUCUGGGCUUUAGCUAAAAAACACCAUCUGCGCAACACCUACUCCAAUUACAGCUCGCUCCGAACGUACAACGAGACCGGCGAAGCCGACUAUCAAUAUCUCCUCGACGAAUAUGCUCGAGUCUACGAGAUUGCCGCGCGCGACGCCGGCCGGAUCCUGAUGGAGAACCUGCAAGACCAAACCGCCCGCACGGGGCUUGCCCUGGCAGGGUGGCGCCCUCGCAAGAACGACAUGGCCGCCCAGGCAGUUGAAUGGUGGAACUGGGAUUGGGAGGAUGCCUCCCCCCCGGAGACGAGCUCCUUCGUAUUCGGGAUGGCCGGCGAGAACCUGACCUUCAACCAGUUCGGCAAGGCGAACCACUUCGUCCUGGACCGGCGCGGCUACAGCACCAUCAUUGAGCAGGAAGCCGCCGCGAUAUUCCGCCACCGCCGCAACAAACCCAGCCCGCGUCUCCGACUCAACACCCACGUCACCACCAUCGACCACUCCCCCAAAGGCGUCACCAUCCACACCGCCGACGGCGCCUGCAUCGAAGCCGCCUACGCGAUCUGCACCUUCUCGCUGGGGGUCCUGCAAAAUCACGCCGUGAGCUUCCGCCCGCCGCUGCCGCGGUGGAAGCAGACCGCGAUCGAGAAAUUCAACAUGGGCACCUACACCAAGAUCUUCCUGCAAUUCCCCCAUACCUUCUGGCCCACGGACACCCAGUUCUUCCUGUAUGCCUCCCCGACCACGCGGGGCUACUACCCGAUCUUCCAAUCCCUCUCCUCGCCCACCUUCCUCCCGGACUCUCAUAUCUUGGUCGUCACCGUCGUCGACGAACAAGCCUACCGCGUCGAGCGCCAAUCCACCGCCCAAACCACCGCCGAGAUUUUGGAGGUGCUCCGCGAGAUGUUCCCCACCACCACCAUCCCGCACCCGACGGACGUCUCCUACCCGCGCUGGUCGCAGGAGCCCUGGGCCUACGGCAGCUACUCCAACUGGCCGGCGGGGACGACCCUCGAGAUGCACCAGAACCUGCGGGCGAAUGCGGGCCGCCUGUGGUUCGCGGGCGAGGCGACCAGCGCCCCGUACUUUGGGUUCUUGCAUGGGGCGUGGUUCGAGGGGCGGGAGGCGGGCGCGCAUGUGGCGGCGUUGCUGCAGGGACGGUGUAUGGAGUUGCGGGGAAGUGGGCAUGAGGGUCGGGAGAACUGUGGGGAGCGCAUGCAUUACGAGCCGUUGAAUGGGACGACCCCGCUGGAGGCGUAUAGUAUGGUCAAUGGGUGGCCGGUGAGCAGUACGGACUGGUAG